AUGCCACUACCUCCUCCGACAGUUAAUCAACUAGUCCAUGAUGUAAUUGAAAGCCAUGCUGUCGCUCAUCCAAGUGCUCCAGCAAUCGCCUCGGCCUCGAUCAAUUUUACUUAUCAAGACCUUGAUGAGGCCUCUUCAUGGCUAGCCUCACAAAUUACAUCUUUGGGAAUUGGCUUCAACUCCAUAGUGCCAAUCAUCUGCGAAAGGUCGGCUAUUACCAUUAUUUCCAUGAUCGCCAUUUUGAAAGCUGGAUGCGCUUUUACUGCGUUGGAUGUUUCUCAUCCGACUAAAAGACUAUUGGAAGUCAUCGAGGACGUCGAAGCCCCCGUUCUCUUAUUAUCGACUGAACAAAUUCCACGAUUCAAAGACAUUACUGGAUGUCGAAUUAUCAAACUAUUCGAUGGGAUGUUUUCUGGGCUAGAUUCUGUCAAUGCGUCGUAUCCUACGCCCCUUAAUGCGUCUCCAAGCGACCUGAUGUACACCAUCUCCACGUCAGGAAGCACGGGUCGCCCGAAGGGAGUCAUGAUUGAGCACAGAGCCUGGCUAACGGCGGCCUUUGCUUAUGGCGAAGACCAGGAGCUGAGCUCUAGCUCGAGAGUCUUGCAAUUCGCCUCAUAUGCCUUUGAUAUGUCUCUAAUGGAGAUAUUCACGACGCUCAUUUUUGGCGGCUGCGUUUGUGUGCCGACGGAAGAGGACCGAUUUGACGGAAUAGAGAAGUUUGUCAACGAAAUCGGCGUCAAUACUCUGAUGCUUACCCCGUCUUAUGCCAAGUUACUGGAUCCCACCGCAAUGCCUGCUGUCCGCAUGUUGGUCACUGGUGGCGAAGCAGUUCCAAGUGACUUGGUCAAACUAUGGAGCCCCUACGUCAAAAUCUACAUUGCUUACGGCCCGACUGAAGCUUCGAUACAAUCUUCAGGAGCACGGAUAGACAUUGGAUCUGCAGCUGUUCCGUCGGGCCUGCUUGGGCGCCCAACAGGCUGCAAUCUGUGGAUUGUCGAUGAGAAUAAUCACAACAAAGCACUUCUCCAGGGCCAGACUGGGGAAUUAGUCAUUGAGGGAAACACAUUGGCCAGAGGCUACCUCGGCGAUGACCAGAAAACGGCGGCCGCUUUUGUUGACAUGUGGACUGGGUCCGGCGUCCGGCGCGUGUUCAAAACAGGAGACUUGGUUCGACAGACCGACAGCGGCGAUAUCGUAUUUGUUGGCCGCAAGGAUACGCAGGCCAAGGUGCACGGACAGCGCUUGGAGCUGACCGAGAUCGAGGCGAGGCUGGCCCCGGCUUUGGCUGCGGGGUUGAAGUCUUGUAUUGAGAAAGCUGAAAGCCCCCACUUCAGCAAUGGCGGUGCUAUUGUGGUUUUCCUAAGUGAAACUAUGCAAAUAUCGGGCCACGCCAACCCCGAGAUCUGCUGGAAUCAAGUGGAGACUAUGUUGGAAAUGGCUGUUGGGAUGCAGGCGCAUCUGGAAACGGUGCUACCCAAGUCCAUGGUGCCAUCUCUAUACGUGCCGAUAACCUUCAUCCCUCUGACGACCUCGCACAAGACAAAUCGUCUAGCACUGCGACAACUGAUACAGUCUUUGUCUUCUGAUGAGCUGCAGAAGCUCAGAAAGGCUGAUGUUACUGCAGCCAUAAAUAGAGAGUUAACCGCUGAAGAGCUGGCUCUCAGAGAGUUAUGGGCAACUGUACUCAAUAUGGAACCGCAGGUCAUUGGGCCAGACGACAAUUUCAUCCAGCUUGGGGGCGAUUCAGUGGCCAGCAUCAAGCUAAUAUCAGUAGCCCGUAGCCGUGGUAUUACGCUAACAUCGGCCCUUAUCCUCUCAAAUCCGGUCUUGUGUGUGCAGGCUCGGCUUGCCAUUGACUCUGGGGAGGGAAACCCUGAACAAGACAUCAGACCAUUUGAGUUGCUAGGAACUCGUUCGAACGAGCUUCGACAGACAGCUGCUGCACUCUGCAAGCUGCCGAUUGACGAAAUAGAAGAUGUUUUGCCCAUGACGAUUAGUCAAAUGAGGUGGUACGGGAAAACUUUGGUCAAGCCAACUGCAUGGAUUGAUCAGUAUCACUUUCGGCUCCCAAGCGACCUGGAUCUUGAGCGAUUCAUCAUAUCCCUCAAUUCCGUUGUGCAAGCUACAGACCUGCUACGCGCAAGAAUAAUCGCCACUCGCAAUAAAGAGCUCUUCCAAGCAAUCAUCAAAUUCCAUCCGGUGGAAAUAAUUCACACCAGUGAUACAUUGGAAGCUUAUUUGAGUCAGGAUCUUCAUACUCCUAUGGGCCUUACGGCAGCGUUAAGCCGCUAUGCUAUUGUUCAACAUGCCAGCUCUGAGAAGAUAUUCGUUUGGACGAUUCAUCAUGCUAUUUAUGACGGGUACUCCUUACCUAUGCUACUUCAAGCAAUUCGGGACCUAUACUAUGGGCUUGAUCUAGUUCCAUUUACUCCAUUCAACCGAUACCUGAAAGGCAUUGAAGAGAAAGAUCUGUCUGAGGGAGAGACUUUCUGGAAGAGUUAUCUUUUAGAUGCAGCGUGGACCAAGUUCCCGGCCGUAUCAUCUCAAGAAAAGUCGUCGACCAUGGACCGUGCCUUGGCAAGCUUAAAAAUUGCGUCGAGGCAAGUGAAGACCCGCAACGCAGAGGUUACACGAUUCGUAACCAUGGCAAACGUCAUUCGUGUUGCGUAUGGCGCAACGCUUUUGCACUUUUCGACAGACCGUGCGGGCUCGGUUCUUUUUUUGGAAUCUCUCAGCGGUCGUAACUCGUCUUUAGCAGGCCUUGAUCGCGUCGCGGGGCCGACGCUGCUCACGGUCCCCACGAAGUUGGAUCUUCCACACAAGAAAUCAUGUAGUGGGGUUUUGCUAGAUGCCCAGAUAUCCUUGACGGAUCGUAUGAAGUUUGAGAAUUUCCCAUUACCCCGGCUACUGCCCCUUGCGCCCCCUUUGGAACUUCGCAGUAUCCUAUUGAUAGAGAAUGAAGCAUUCCUGAUCAAUGAAGCUGGCCGUGACCUAUUUGGCCGCGGAAAGGAGGAGGUAAAGCUGGAAGAAACUGAGGGCCUACCGAUGAUAUUCCGUUGUGCGGCUCUUCAGGAUGAGAUACGUAUCGAUAUACGCUACGAUAAUACUGUUAUUAGUAGCUGUGAAGUGGAGGGUUUUUUGAAGAUUUUUAAGGGCUUGGUUGAAGGUUUAUGGCAUGGUGAUGGAAGUCAGCCUCUCGGCGGGAUUCUUUCAUCGUUAUAA